AUGGUCCAGCUAUCGUCUCUGGCCGCGGCCCUAGCUGUCGGACUUCUUCCGAAUCUAGUCGUCGCUGCAGGUCUCCAUGAAGCCGCCGUUGCAAAAGGAAAAUUGUACUUUGGCACGGCCACCGACAAUGGCGAAUUGAGCGACGCGCCCUAUCUCAAGCAGCUGGGCAAUACCGCUGAUUUCGGACAAAUCACGCCGUCCAACUCGAUGAAGUGGGAGUCCACUGAACCCUCGCAGAACUCGUUCUCAUUUGCCGGCGGGGAUGCCAUCGCCGACUUGGCCGAGACCAAUGGACAGAAGCUGCGCUGUCAUACCCUCGUCUGGCACAGCCAGCUUCCCAAUUGGGUAUCAAGCGGCACCUGGACGAACGAGACGCUCCUGGCAGCAAUGAAGAACCACAUCACGAAGGUGGCUACCCAUUACAAGGGACGGUGCUACGCAUGGGAUGUAGUCAACGAGGCCCUCAACGAAGACGGCACCUACCGCGACAGUCCCUUCUUGAAACACAUCGGCGAAGCCUUCCUCCCCAUCGCCUUCGCCACAGCAGCAGCAGCAGACCCUACCGCAAAGCUCUACUACAACGACUACAACAUCGAAUCCCCCGGAGCCAAAUCCACCGCAGCCGCCAAGAUCGUCAAGCUGAUCCAAUCCUACGGCGUCAAGAUCGACGGUGUCGGCAUGCAAGCCCACCUCGUCGUCGGCAGCAGCCCCAGCGAGUCCGCUCUCUCCAGCACGCUCUCCAGCUACACCUCUCUGGGCGUCGAAGCCGCCUACACCGAGCUUGACAUCCGCCUGAAACUCCCCUCAACGGACGCUCAGCUCGCGCAGCAGUCGACCGACUACCGCGCCGUGGCAGCCGCCUGCGUCAAAAACACCGACUGCGUGGGCAUCACCAUCUGGGACUGGACGGAUAAGUACUCGUGGGUGCCUGACGUCUUUCCCGGGGAAGGCGAUGCCUGCCCGUGGGAUAAGAACCUGGCCAAGAAGCCUGCGUAUGCGGGGCUGAUGGCGGGUCUUGGGGGUGGUGGUUCGUCGACGACGACGACGGCUGGGACUACGAUGACUACGACGACGAGCUCUGCCGCGCCGACUUCGACUGGGGUGGCGCAGAAAUGGGAUCAGUGUGGAGGCUUGCAUUGGACGGGACCGAUUGUCUGUGUCAGUGGCACGACGUGUCAGAAGCAGAAUGAUUACUAUUCACAGUGUUUGUGA